AUGAUAGUCUACCAUUUCGUCGCAACGAUAACAAGGAUUGCAGUUGUCGAGCAGACGACGACGAACGACCCAGAGGUGAGGCCGCAAGUGUCGGUCUACCGUUCGGUGUUGAAGACAGAAGAAUCGUUAACCACCGGGCGUUACGCAAGAUUCUCACGUUGGGAUAGACUUGUCCGGGCGGUAGGAAUCCUCAUACACAUCGUUCGAGUGCGUAAAUCUGACAACAAAAACGGAGCUUGUCAUGGCUGGCAUAGAUGUAACUCGGCUCCAUCGGUGGACGAGCUCGACCAAGCGAUGACCGUGAUCAUAAAAAGCAUACAACGAGAGACAUUUGGGCAGGAAAUCGCACUCUUGAAGGAAGAUCUGCCACCUCCGCGCAACAGCUCUGUACGUGCCUUGAAUCCAUACAUAGAUGUAGAAGGCCUAUUCAGAGUUGGGGGGCGCCUCGAGCGUUCGGACUUGCCUGCUGAAGAACGCAAUCCCGUGAUUGUUCCUGGGAAAUCCCAUGUAGCCACACUUCUCAUCAGGAACUAUCAUGAAAAGAUUCGACACCAAGGUCGUCUUUUCACUCAUGGUGCACUGAGAUCAGCCGGCUUCUGGGUACUUGGUGAAAAGCGACUCAUAAACAGAAUCAUCAGCAGCUGUGUGAAAUGUCGUAAAUUGCGUCGCAAGCAGGAAACCCAGCAGAUGGCGGACCUGCCUACAGAACGACUUACGGCCGACCCUCCAUUCACAUACGUUGGGUUGGAUGUGUUUGGUCCGUGGACUGUGAUUGCACGUCGCACUAGAGGUGGACAGGUCAACAGCAAAAGGUGGGCUGUUCUUUUCACGUGUAUGGCCGUGAGGGCCAUACAUAUCGAGGUCAUCGAAGAGAUGAGCGCAUCUGCCAUGAUCAACGCUCUUCGGCGUUUCUUCGCCAUUCGGGGUCCAGCAAAACGACUCAAGUCAGACAACGGAACGAACUUCGUUGGCGCUUGCAAUGAAUUAUCUCAGCUUAUGAGAGAGGAAGACGGCGCAUGUGUUAAAAACUUCCUUAUCAACGAAGGAUGCACCUGGGACUUCCAUCCACCCCAUUCAUCCCACAUGGGUGGCGUCUGGGAGCGGAUGAUCGGUGUUGCGCGCAGGGUUCUCGACGCGAUGUUUAAAGACUUGGGUCCUGCUCAGCUGACGCACGAUGUGUUAACAACUCUCAUGGCGGAGGUUACGGCCAUAGUCAACGCUCGACCCUUAGUUCCUGUGUCUACCGAUCCCGCGGUUCCAGAGAUCUUGACCCCAGCUGUACUCCUCACUCAGAAAGUUGGUGUUCCAGUGGUACCUCCACCUGGCACGUUCUCCAAGAAUGAUCUACAUGGACGCCAAUGGCGUCGCGUGCAGUAUCUCGCCGACGUAUUUUGGUCAAGAUGGCGUAAGGAGUUUCUGCCAACUCUACAACCUAGAAGGAGAUGGCAGGAUAAGAAAGACAACGUCGCGUUGGGUGACUUGGUCCUUGUGAAGGACACAAAUCUAAGUCGGAACGAGUGGCCAGUGGGACGCGUUGUCCAGGUUUGGCCAAGUGAUGACGACAAGGUUCGCAAGGUAGAUGUGAACAUUGUUAGGAAUCGUGUUGUAAAGACCUUUCGGAGACCAAUCAGCGAAUUGAUUCUCCUGAUGAAAGACAACCAGUGA